ACUCCCCCACCCCACCACCACCACCGCCCAUGGCUUGCCGAUUUGAUGCAAAACUGCUCUGCACACCCAUUCGCUCUCCUCCCGUGCUCUGCUCCGCUCAUCCAGAGUCACAACAACUUCUUCCUCCCCGCCGCAUUCCCCUUCCCCAUUCUCCCACUCCUCGCGCCCGCAUUCCCCUUCCCCUCCUCUGCGCCGCGCCGGCGAACAAGAUGGUUCGCACUCGCGGCGGCAAGGACAACUGGGUGUUGCCGCCGGACGCCGGCGUCCCUCUCGGUGAAGACGGUGUCCAGCUCAAGGAGGAAGACGGGGAGACCGCAGCGACGGUGAUGGUGCCCGCCGCCGCCGCCGCCCCAAGAGUGGAGAUCGCCGUCGACUUCGACAAGUCCCUGCUGGACUGCCCCGUCUGCUCCUUGCCGCUCAAGCCUCCCGUCUUCCAGUGCCCGGCGAAGCACGCGGCGUGCGGCCCCUGCGCCGCGAACCUGGCCAACAAGUGCCCGGCGUGCGACGGCGCGUACGAGCGCGACGACGCGGCCGACCGCUACCUCCUGGCGGUAAGGGUGCCCUGCCCCAACCAGGCGUACGGCUGCGGUAGCUCCGUGGUGUACUGCAUGGCGGGCGACCACCGGCUGGUGUGCCCGCACGCUCCGUGCCGCUGCCCCGAGCCCGGAUGCGGCUUCCUCGGCGCCCCGCCCGCGCUCCGCGGCCACCUCGCCGAGCGCCACCAGUGGCAAGUGACCGACAUCGCCUACGGGUCCGUGCUCGAGAUCCAGAUGCAGGCGGUGGAGCAGGGGUGGCGGCUGCUGGCCGCGGAGGACGGGGAGCAGCUGUUCCUGCUCGUGGCGAGCGAGCGCGGCGUCAAGGUGGUGCGCGUGGCCGCGCCCGCGGAGGAGGAAGGCUGGUACAGGUGCAAGGUGUGGGUGCACGCGCCCGUGGACACGGACACCUGCCACAUGGACGUCCUGAUGCUGGACGCCAAGGUGGAGAGCUGCCCGGUGCCGUCGGAGGAGGCGGCCAUGGGCGCGGGUGGCAGGUACCUGCCGGUGCCGUCCGACGUGCCGGCGCCGGAUGGAGGAGGGAUCGUCAUCCGUCUCCGCAUCGACAAGGAGGUCAAGGCGAGCCACGGCAACAAGUGCCCGGCUGUACGCUAUAUAUGCAGCUGAUCACUGCAGGGGACGGGGCUGCGUCCAUGGAAGUUCCUCUGCACAUCCGCAUCGACAAGCUCUCCCCUUGGUCCGACGCAUUGGUGUGAUUAGCUCCAGCACUCAAGGCAGUUCGUGGUUGCAUAUUUUGGAGUUGCAGCUGAAACUAAGUACUCUAUCUGGGUGAUGUUUAUUAGCAGAUGCAGUCCGUCUUUGAUGGUAGUCCUAUCCUACCUAGUAGUCAACUUUAGUGUCAUUGUAGG